AUUUUGGCCGAUUCUGGAGAGCGGCAUCCGACGGGGGGGUGGGGACUGACACUCGGGAGAUGCACGGGUCAAGGUAAAAUAAAAACCCACUCUCUCGCACUCAGGACAGACACGCAGCUGACACAGCUGAGACUGUCCCACUGUGACCUCCUCGCACGCGCUCUCUCCGAUGUUUAACCUCGCAUGAUGAUGAUUUGCACGAGUGCAAUUGUUUGAUUCUCAGACACAGUUUCUGGAUUCUCUGUUCACCCGACUGCGCGUGUGUGUGACGACUUUAUGUUUGCGUGCUGUGCUGCGGGUCCCGUUUUGGUUGCGGAUCGCAACCGCGAUGCCACGAUCGGGGCGUAAUCUCAUGCGCACUUUCUAAAAAAGACUGUCACGCUCAGGGAUGCGCCGGAGGGGGUGUUGCUGAUGCAGAGGUAGGCGGAGGGAUGCUGCGGCGGCCGCUCUGCAGUUUGACUGACAAGCGGCGUGUUAUUGAGCGAACGCGCGUUCAUAAAGGGCUGUGACAGUGAGACGUCCACGGGCACGUGGAACAGGCAGACGAACGUGGCACAUGCCACGAGGAGAAAAACAAAUCCUCACAGCUGUGUGUACAGUGAGUUAUACAGCACAACACUCUAUACGUAAUGGUAGUUUUCCCAUAACUUUAACAGUUAAACACAUAUUUUAUGUUUUAUGUUGUUAGAUUUCAGACAGAAAUGACAUAACACAAACUAGAUAGUUGCAACCAAACAGAUGAACAUGGUAGUUGCAAUUCAUUGUUUCCAAUGUUUAUGGUUAAGUUAAAUAUCCCAUUCAAAUUCACUACAGCAUAAAAUGUAUUCUGUAUCAAAUCCUACUUAUCUUUAAAUUCUGUCACUCUCUGAAAGCUGCUUCAAGUACUUAAUUAGAUUAUAUUCAAAAUGCAAUUUUUGCUUCAACUGACAAAUAAAAACCACGAGAAUCAGCAGUAAUAAAAAGUAAUUCCUCUUGACGUCAGUAGAACAAAUUUUAAUUGUCCUCAGUGUUAAACACUUACUGCACCAUAUUAAAUAUUGCACAAACAAUGUAACCUUUUCUUUUAGAUUGUGUAGAUUUACAUUGUUAUCAGAUCAAGAGGCUAAAUGUGGGCUAGUUUGAAAGUGACCAACUAUGCAGCUUUCUAGAGCUUUCAGACUGUUUAACUGUUUAUGAAUGAUUUUAUACAACAAAUAUACAUCAUACAAUUAUACAACUGUUGUCAUACAAAAAUAAGUGUAUAUCUCUGUGUUUUUGGAAUAGGAUUUAUACACACUUAGCCAAAAUAACAAGAGCAUCAACAAGACGAUCCAUCAAAGUAAGAAUAUUUCAUUUUUUUUGUACUUCCUCUAGCCUUCCGGUGGCUAAACAUUUGUUAUUAACACGUUUCAACAGAGAACGCGGUAUGCAUGAGUGCAAGAGUACGUGUGUGACAGGUUUGACUCAUGAGGCUCGUGGUGAGAUACUAUUAGCUGAAGCAGUUUUGGAUCAAAAUCUCUUAACAAUCUGGUUUCUGUGUGAAGUUGCAGCAGCUAAUCCAAGCUUUCCUCAGACAAACUCCUACAAUGGGGUUUUUCAACAGUUUUGUUAUUUUUGUUGUAAUUUCUCAAGCAUUUACUUGUUCAUGUGUAAUGUUCAUGUGUUUACUACUUUAGGCAAGUGAAUAUGUUUACUCUCUAGUUGAUUGAUUGCUUUGCAGCAGAGUAAAUAUACAUUAUAUUAAGAGCUGCAAAUAAUCAAAUAAAUAUAACAACUUUGCAAUUCUAAAAGAUGAUCCUGCUUUCUCUCUGAUCUCGUCACUUCGGUAUUAAUAGAUGUCACACGCGGGGGUGCUUUCAAGAGAGAGAUCACUAAGCAGGUCUCUAUUAUUGAGACAUCCCUUGAGAUGGCGUGCGUAUCUAGUGCCGGCUCCACUUAACAGGCCAGGGAAGGUUGGCGGGAGGUUUCAGUUUAAAAGAUAAAUGCAGAGAAAGGUGCAGAGAAAGAAAGUGCAGAAGAGCCGAGUGAACGAGGGGAAGGGUGUAAUACGACUAAUUGUGUUUCAAAUUGGGUCUUUGAGUGCAGGAUGGGGAAUGGGAUUGUUCUGAGCUCCCCACUGAAGCACCAGGAUGAGAAAGUUGUUAGAUUUGUAGGUCAGGCUGCAGGGGCUGUUGUUAGGCUGACUUUCUCACAGCUUGAGAAGUCUCAGCUGUUUGACACUAAAUUAUAUUUGGUGGCUUGCAUUAGUUUGGAUCGCUUUCUGUUCUGCGGUUCCCUUUUUCAACUUUCAUGCUGCCAUGUUUUUUUUUUUGUGCAAAUGCACACUCAGAAUCUUAUCAAUUCUGCAUCUAAAUCCACCUCAUCUCAGUCUGCAGUUGGCUUCUUUUCUUUCUUCUUAUAGUGUGCUCUCCGACAUGUUGAGUUAAACAACCUUUAUUAAUUUCACAGUUUUGAAGGGAAUUGCAGGAGGGUACCCUGGUCCCAUCUGGAGCUUAUCAGAGGCUGACCCGGUUUCGGCGUGCUACGUUAUGCUCCUUUGGGACCUGUUCCCUCCUCGUUGCUGACAAAGAGAAGAAGGCCACAGCCGUCCUAUCCUAGCUCAGACCCACAUACCUCGACUCGACCUGAGCCGAACAGCGCCGGAUCCUUCCUCGCGCUGCCCGCUCCGAAGAACUAAAAGUUGCUUACAUUACCCGUCCUCCCUCCCUCUCUCAUUGUAGGUCACUUGGUCUACCUUCCUCCAUUUUGGCAAGGGCUUGCGGGGAUAUUUUGCCCUACAAAAAAAUAAUUAUCUUAUCUCCCUAAUUCCCAAUUAUUAUGCACAGGCUUAUUUAAGAAAAAGGAUUAGAUUUUCACUCUUUUUUUUUUCUCGGUGGCUGCACCAACAUGCAGGGGGAUGAAUUUGACUGUGGCACUCUCUUCCGUAGCAGUGAGGGGGUUCUACACCUAGAUGAACUAGGGGAGGAGAGAGCACAGUGAGGCUGUCAUGUAAGCCGUCUCCUCUGGGGCCACCUCUCUCUCUCUGUGCGUGCUGCUUCCUGCCUCAGGUAGAAGCCUCAGUGCUUCUGCUGCCGAGGCGACAGGCUGCUCGCUCUUCUCUCCUCUCCCUCCCUCCUGCUGAGAAGGCAACAGCUCCACUCUCAAAGCAUUGAAAUGGAGAAGAACUGCUCAGAGUGCUCAGUGCCGACACUUGCACAGAGCCUGUGUACACUCUGCAACAAGUGGUUGUGUUACCAGUGCACAGAUGUGCAUCGCCAUCAGAGAGCUACUACCACAUCCCAUUACACAGACAUGCACAAGCAACAGAGGCCCAGUGCCACCCAGUGUCCUGACCUGCUCCAGAGAGGCUCCGACUCCAUACCUCCAACUAGACAAGGUCCGGGGUCGUAUCCUUGUUCCCUCCUGAUGUGCCACGCUCAUAGACAGGAGCCCUUGGAGCUGUUUUGUGAGUCAUGUGACCUUCUGUGCUGUAGCAGCUGUCACCUGUCCUCCCACAAAAACCACAGGGUGGUGAAGAUUGGGAAUGCCCUACAGGAUCAGCAGUGGCUGUUUGAGAGCCUGAUGGUUCAGGUGGAUGAGAGGAGAUCGGCAGUGGAGAACAAUGCUAAGCAGAUAGAAGAAAGACUUCAUGGAGUAAAGAUUGCACACAGGAAAGCAGAGAACCAGAUUAAAAUGGCAAAGAUGAUUAUGAUGAACGAGCUUAACAAACGAGCCAACCUAUUAAUAGAGCAACUGGAGAAAAUCUCAGAGGACUUUCAGCAUCGUCUGGAGGACCAUCUGCAGGGGGCAAUAGAGAUAUGUGGCCAGCUGGACCAUGUCCAGAAGUUCAUCACCUGGGCUACGACCCACCACUGCAGCGGCCCGGUGCUCUUCAGCAGAGCUCUGAUUUCUCUCCAGAUGCAGCAGCUGCUUGAGUCGUCACUCCACUCAGACUCUUGGAGUCCUGUCAGGAUCAAAUUCAAUUGGGAUGCAAGUUACUGGACGAAGCAGAUUUCCUCUUUAGGCCAGCUGAAUGUUGAAGGGGGAAACAGCAUUUACCCUCACGGCUUGGCCUGCUCCAGUAUUCUCAGGCCUCAGCCAAUCAACAGCUUGGCUCUUCCGUCCGUGUGUCACAGAGGACGAGAGCCAGGCUGUGGGUACCAGAACUGCUGCGAGCCCCAACUGUGUUGUGUCCAUGGCAUUACCUCUGCGCCGGACCCGUCCCGUCCGGAUAAAGGCCAGCUUGAAGCCGUCCUUCACAACUCCAGCUGUGUCCGGCCAGCCGUUUUCUCUGCCUCUUUGCACCAGAACAUGCAGCUCCAGAGGUGCUGGGACCCAGACAGCUCCUCGCAAUGUCCUCCCCCUUCCUCAUCUGUCCCGAUGACGGGACCCAUUCAGCUCAACUGCAGUCGAAGAGCUCUGUCCCAGCCACACGGUGCUGCCUCUCAGACCCAGUCUCAAACUGAACCGUAUCUCCAACGGCCACAUCAGAGAGACGUUCUUCCAGACAGCAAGGCUCAGCCAGGUGCAGAACUUCGCAGGCCGUCGACCAACACGCCGCUGCAGCAGCAAGUCAGCCACACGGCAACGAAUGACGAGAACUGGGAGGAGAGGUGCAGGCUGGAGGAAGCUCGAGGACCAACAGCAGUGGUUGAGAGCAGGGCGCUGGCGGAUGGGGAGGACAGAAGGGAGCAGAGUUCUGUCCAACAGCAGCUGCGCGUUGCUCCAGCAGCAGAGCUGAGACGUGAGCUGCAGAGAAACCGGCCUGCAGUGACGCUCAGAGACCACAGAGAUGGCAGAAGAUCCACGUCCCUGGAGGUGUCGGAGACAGCCCACGAGUGUGUAUCCGAUGUGCAGAGCAGCAGGCUCAGCCCUGGUUUAGUGUGCAGGGGGAGGGACAGGCGCUCCCAAAGCAUCCCGCCAGAACUGGCAGCCCCUUCCACCAGCCCUUACACUGAGAGGCCCCCAGGAUGCAGUCCAAGCCCCCAGGCAGUAGCUGAAACUAAGUAUGUCAGUGUGGAUCGCAAACAGAGGAGGGCCUCAGAUGGGGUGCUUUGUGUUGUCAAGGAAACUGCGUCUGAAACGGAGCUCUCCAGAGGUCACCGCUCUCCUCUACUGACCUAUAAGAAAGAGCCAGAUCAUUCUUUUAAUUAUUUAAAUGAAGACUUUGAUUAUGAGGGGAAAUGCAGGGUGACGACAAACUGCCACAGCAGAGAUGUUCACAAGGACUCAGACAGGCCGAGGGUUCCAGUGGUUUGCUUGGAGCGUCUCAAAAUCCUCGUGUCUCAACUUCCCCCACAUGGACGACGGCAGAGCGACCCUCUACCGGCCAGCGGGACGGAGAAGAGCCAAACCCUGCCUCCGCAGAGGGCCCGGCACGAUGCAAGGCCUGAAGGGAUACCUGGAGCCUCUGACAUCACGAGGCCCACCCGCUCACUCACAGCUCAACCAUGUGCACAGCGACAGAAUCUUGAUCCGGCUUCCACACCCUCGACCACCAGAGAGUUUGACAUGCGAGACACAAUCGGCUCCUGUAAAGCAUCAGCGCCUGCGUCCGCUGACCCUACAUACGUACCACACAGUUACACUGCACUGGAGCUGGACUCAGAUUCUGAUCCCGGAUCAGUCUCAGAGGACGCAGUGGUUUCUCAGGCGGAUCCAGAUCUACACUCGGAUGCAUCACCAGAUUCCGACCGAAAUGCAGAGUCUUCCUCUGAGUCUGAGCUGGAAGGUCGGGCUGUGGACGAAUCACUGGCUCCAGCACAGAUGCGGCUCCGUGGUGAACCUGAUAUCACGGGGGAUUCAGAGCCAAGUCUUGAAUAUGAGGCGGACCCGGAAUCAGAUGCAGCAGGGGGAUCGGAGGAUGGUCAAGGGCUGGUCGAUUAUUGUGUCAAGCCCGACAAUGAUCCCAGUUUUCAGGCAGAGACCGACUCCGACGUUUUAUCCGACCAGCCUCCAGACUCUCAGGGCGCCCUCGAGUCCGAGCUCGACCUGGAAUCAGAACCUGAACUCCCCACCGACGACCCACAACCACUUCGCUCUGACUUGGAAGAGGAGUGCCACAGCGGUGCGGCUUGGGGGCCGCUUCUGCAUUCAAACCCUGUCGCUCAAAGGGCCGCAGAGGAGGCCGAGGCCGACCAGGACUGUCCGGAGAUGGAGAGUGAGGACUUCUGUGCCGUGUGUCUAAUUGGAGGGGACCUGCUGUGCUGCGACCGCUGCCCAAAAGUUUUUCAUUUGUCUUGCCACAUCCCGUCCCUUCUAAGCUUCCCCUCAGGCGACUGGGUGUGCGGCCUGUGCAGGGACGCCAUGCAGCCAGAGGUUGAGUAUGACUGCGAGAAUGAGAGAACAUCUGGAGAACACACAUCAGCGCAUAGACUGCCCGCCUGUGACCAGAGAAAAUGUGAGCGGCUGACUCUACUGAUCCUAAGUAACGUCCUGAGUGCUCCCUUCCACGAGCCCGUCAGUCCACUUGCUCGUCAUUACUACCAGAUCAUUAAGAGGCCUAUGGACCUGUCCGUGAUCCGAGCCAAACUCAACAAGAGGAAUACUCAACAUUAUAUCUCGACAGAGGAGUUUGUUGCUGAUGUCUAUCUCAUGUUUCGCAACUGUGCAAAGUUCAAUUAUCCUGACUCCGAGGUGGCUCAAGCGGGCCGCAUUCUCGAGAUGUUCUUCAUCUCCAACCUGAAGGAGGUUUUCCCGGACAGAGUUUUCCUUGCAGCAGAGGCGGACUCUGACAGCGACGAGUACGAUGAGGCCUACAGGGCCGCUGAGAGUGGUUUCCCCUGGCCAGAGAGGAGAGAGCUGUGCCACAGGAAGAGGAAGAGGAGACCCUCUCUCAAGUCAAGGAGACCGCUCUUCUAACCGCAGAAUGGGACAAUGGACUAAAAUGGUUUUUUUUGUGACUAUAUGCUGUUUUUAUUUAGCAUCCUGUGGGCUUGUGACAUUGUUUCCAUUCUGUAAUUUUUAGUGUGCAUUUAGUGGUCCGCAACAAUAUCACAGUGCUGCCAUCCGAUGGCAGCUGAACAUACUGACACGUACUUCAGAUAUUUAAAGCACUAACGAAUACUGGAGAAACGAUCAGCAAACUUCAAGUGAUAAAAGAAGUAGAAGUUCAAGAUCAAACUAUGUUUUGUUGCAUAUUAUAUUCUACACAUUUGCAAACACGCCUGAUUGGAGAAAAACAACUCAAACAGAACUCGAGGGUGGCGUCUGCCUGCAAGGCUGUAAUUGUUACUUUAUAAUUAUGCCACUGAUGCACUGGAAAUUACAUUAUUUACAUUUAGACCUCCUCAAAUCAAAUACCCAAUGUUCUAUGCUGUAUUGUACAAAGGUGAUUCUGUAGUUUGUUUAUUAAUCUCACUUAGCAUCUUAAGUGGAUUUCUAUAGUUUUUUUUAGGUUAGUUUUGAUUAUACACAGCACUGUAUUUAUCCUAUUUGUAAGCUCUCAAGGCAUUCAUUAUACAUGUGUAACUUGAUAGAACUUUAUUUUAUUAAAUGUCACCUUUUAAUUACUAAAUGAUUGCAGGCAAUUAUCACAGUUUUGAUUAUUGAUAUUAAUGUGUCUGUGGAGCUUUUUUUUUUAGAAAGCCUUUGACUUUGUCUUUUUGACCACGGGGACACAGAAUGAAAGUGAUCAAGAGCACUAGUUCUAGUGCUAGAGCUCCUAAGGACAGGUGUAUUUAUAUAUUUAUCCAAAUUAAACAAACAAAAAUUUUAAUUUGACAUUUAACCAUGAAUUAUUAUGUAUGUGCAUACAUGAUGUAAGCUUUCCGUUCCUCCUGUGUUUCAGCAAAACCGUAUACUCCAUCUAUAUCUUAAUCUUAAUAAGAGUGUUAGGUAUUGAUAUCAUUCAGUUUUGUAGUAUCUGUAGAGUCACAUUGUUAAGAGAAAAAUACAUUUAAUGAUACCCACCGUUAAAGAGUAUUUCUUGUCAAAUAUUAUUCAAUAAUUACGUGAAGCUUAAGAUAGAUUUGACUUUAAAUAAGAGAAAUGAAAGUCUGUGCACACCUUGGACAUUAUCAAGAGUAGUGAAUAUACAUUAUACGAUAUGUUACUUUUAAAUCAGUAAUAUUUCCUAUUAUACAAGGGAAGAUAAACUUAAGUUGCCGUCACUCUUUCAGGAGAACAGUUAAUUUAAUUAUUUUUACUGUAACAGCCAAUGCUAAAUGCACAUUUAUUAUUAUCAAUAAAAUGAAUUCAAGAGAAAAAAAUGUCUUAAUGUUUUCCAUUUAAC